AUGCCUGUUACAACUUUCGACUUCAAGGAAAAAUACCGUUACCAAGUCGGCUUCGACUCCCAGCUUGAGUCCGAAGCCGUCCCCGGAGCACUCCCGAUCGGCCAAAACUCCCCGCAAAAGUCGCCCCACGGCCUUUACGCCGAGAAGCUCUCCGGCACCUCCUUCACGGCACCGCGCCACGAGAGCAAGCAAGCCUGGCUAUACCGCAUACUCCCUUCCUGCGCACACCCGCCCUACGCUCCCACAAAGACCCCAGAGCCCAAGGCCGAGCCGUCGAAGCUCCAGUACAUCCCCAACCAGUUGCGAUGGGACCCAUUCGACCAUGACGAAGCGAAGCACUGGGACUUUGUCGAGGGCCUGCGGCUCGUCGCUGGAGCUGGAGAUCCUACGCUGAAGCAGGGUAUUGGCAUGUACGUGUACGCCGCGGGCAGGAGCAUGGAUGAGAAGUCCGCAUUUUACUCUGCCGAUGGCGACCUCCUGAUCGUCCCUCAGGAAGGCGUUUUGGAUAUCCGGACCGAGUUCGGCUGGCUCCUCGUCAGACCGCUCGAGAUCGCCGUCAUUCCGCGCGGCAUCAAGUACCAAGUCCACCUGGCCUCCGGCCCGGUCAGGGGCUAUGCGUUGGAGCUGUACCAAGGCCACUUCAUCCUGCCGGAGCUGGGGCCGAUCGGUACCAACGGCCUCGCCAACCCGCGCGACUUCCAGGUUCCCGUCGCAUGCUUCAGCGAAGAUUUUGGCGCCACUGCUCACGAGGGAUCUAAUACGUACUCUGUCACGGUGAAGUUCAACAACGACUUCUUCCAGACGAAACAGUCGCACACGCCAUUCGACGUCGUCGCGUGGCACGGAAACUACUACCCGUUCAAGUACGACCUGGGCCGGUUCAACACCAUCGGCACCAUUUCCUACGACCACCCCGACCCCUCCAUCUUCACCGUUCUCUCCGCCCCCAGCGGCGUCCCCGGCACAGCCAUUGCUGACUUCGUCAUCUUCCCGCCCCGUUGGCUCGUCGCCGAGGAUACCUUCCGCCCACCUUACUACCACCGCAACACGAUGUCCGAGUUCAUGGGCUUGAUCACUGGCGGGUAUGACGCCAAGCGCGGCGGGUCUGGAGGCUUCGUGCCCGGCGGCGCAAGUUUGCACAACACCAUGAGCGGUCACGGGCCCGACGCUGAGAGCGGAGAGGGCGCAAGGAACGCGGAGCUGAAGCCGGCCAAGGUCGGCGAGGGGAGCUGCGCCUUCAUGUUCGAGAGCUGUGCUAUGGUUGGCGUUACCGAGUGGGGUCUGAGGACGUGUCAGAAGGUUCAGGAGAAGUAUAACGAGGAGAGCUGGGGAGGUGUGCCUGUGCACUGGAAGAGGCCGGAGGGGGCUGCCUCGGAGGGACACUUGCUGUAG